CCAAUAUUGACAAGCUGUAUUGAGCUACCGUUUUGUAUUAUUUAUUGAAUUGUAUUUUUAUACAAAUAACAAAACUGAUGUACAGUGUUAAAAAGAGUACAAUAUUAUUAUUCAAACAAAUAUCGGUAGUGCCGUUGCUUCCAAACGUUUAUUACAUCAAUUUUUAAGAUGUGAAGUGAAUAAUUAAUUUACUCUUACCUUUAGUGCGUAGGGUAUGAGUUUCAAGGACGAAAGAAGAUGGAAUGAAAAAAGGAUGAAGCCGGUGAAGUCAUCGCAGAAAGAUGUGGUCCGCAUACGCCAGGUUCAUCGCUCGGCACUCCUGUCUAUAUCUUUUUAUCCUAACAGUUAUAUGCACUACUCUCACUGUUAUUCCAUUAGUUUGCCACGAUCUCCCAUCGUUUUCCGAUCCUCUUGUCGGAUUCGAAACUCGCGGUACCACUUUGGCACAUCGGUUUAUGGCAUGGGAGAAUUUAAUAUACGAGACCAGGCCAUCGCGAAAAUUGGCCGUAAACCCAAAAGAAAUAGAAGAUCAAAUACGCAUGAACCAAACAUACUACAAUAGAACUCGACAAGACAGACCCCGUUCUGGUCAUAAAGGUAAAAACAAAGGCCACAAGAAAAAAAAGAAAACCAACUCUACCAGCACUGGCUUUGAGAAAACAUUGUUUAACACUCUGGAAUCUAACAUUUCUAAUAGUCAUGUUCAUUGGGGAUUUGGAAUAAACAUGACUCAUGAGAAUGAAAAUGCUGUUAUUAACAAAGAUCAUAUUCGUAAGCAAUGGGUGUCUUUGAAAGAAAUGAGACGAAAACCUGAAAAGCCUGUUCAUCACAACUAUGCAUCUGGAACAUGUGGUGCCCCUGUAUUUGACUAUGCCCAUCUGGUUGUCACAAAUACAGAUAAUACAUCAUUAUUAACAUUUGACAACAUUGCCAAAAUGUGCAAGUUACAAUCAUUACUUAUAGUUAUAGGUGGUAAUGAAUAUUACAAAAUAUGUCAAAGGGUCUCAGACUCAAAUAACAUUUGUUGUCCAUUAUGGAGUGUGCCAAAUUAUAUAGCUUUAAUAUCUGGCAAGAAUUCAUGUGAGAACUUAACUCGUGAGGAUGUGAACAAAACUGUAACUAUAUUAAAAAAAUGUGCUAUGUACUUUCAUAAUUUUUCUCUAAUGGCAUCAUGUGACUUAGAUCGUUGUAGAGUUCCCAGAUAUUGUUCCCAGCAUGAUGCCGUUUACAACAUGUUAUUCUAUUUGAUAGACUCAUAUGCAUUUUCUCCCUCUGAUUAUUCGCAAACAUUUGUUAAAAACUCCAUGAUAUUCUUGCCACUGCCAUAUAGCAGUACCUCAUUACCUUAUUAUGAAAAAUUGCAAAGUUCAAAUUUAUCUUAUGAUACACUUAUUAUACCAGCCAUAGAUUUUGGGCUAAAAAAUGCACUUUUUGACUUAUGGAUAAUUCAAGAUACAUGGUUAAUAGGCUUAGGUGGUAUUUUUGUAUAUUUAUGUGUAUGGUUCUAUAGCAAAUCUUUGAUUCUGACUUUGCUGUUGUUUACAGCUAUAACUUAUUCUCUUGGUAUUGCAUACUUCUUGUAUGUUUAUGUGUUCAACUUGGAGUUUUUUCCUUUUAUGAAUUUGUUAGUAAUAGUUAUUGUGAUAGGAAUUGGAGCUGAUGAUGCUUUUUUGUAUGUUAAAAUUUGGAAAAUGGUUAGUAAACAGCUUAUGAGAGAUAAUAUAGUAACACAAGAAAACUGUUUGACUGAUAUUAAAAAUAUUUCCAGUGCAGGUGAAACUAUUUUGAUACAAAUACUUGAAGAAACAUUAAAACAUUCAAUCCUGACAAUGUUCAUUACUACAUUGACAACUGCAAUUGCAUUUUAUGCCUCUUAUGUAAGCUACAUACCUGCUAUAACUUGUUUUAGUGUGUUUGCAGGUACAGCAAUUCUUGUAAACUUUUUUCUAAUGAUUAGUUGGUUACCUGUAUCAGUAUUUAUAAUUGAUGUUAAAUUGUCUAUAAAUAAAGGUAAAUGUUUAAAUAAGAUAUAUAAAUGUCUCAAUGAUGUUUGGGAAGAUAUCAGAGUUGUCUUAAAUAGAUUCAUUAUUACAUGUGUAACAAAAUUCCAUGUCCUAUUUGCUGUGUUAUUAUGUGCUGUAGGUAUUUAUAGUGUUGUUAUAGUUUUCUUUUCUCCUGGGCUUCAAUUGCCAGAAUCAAAAGAAUUUCAACUUUUUCAAACUUCUCAUCCUUUCGAACGAUAUGAUAUAGAAUAUAGAGAUAAGUUUUUGUUUGAAAGAUUCGGUAAAGAUAUUGGUACUGGUAGCAAAAUGCCUCUUAGAUGGAUAUGGGGUAUAAAAGCAAUUGACAAUGGUAAUCACAUGGAUCCUUAUUCGACGGGACAUUUAGUAUUUGAUCAUAAAUUUUCUAUAUCAGAUCCCAAUUCCCAAAAAUGGUUGCUGGGAUUCUGUUCCAGAAUAAAAUCACAACCAUUUUAUCAACAAACUUUGGGUCCUCUGUUACCUAACUGCUUUAUUGAAAGUUUUAAGAUGUUUAUGAGUAGACGUUGCAUUGAUGUUAUUGAUAAAAUAAAUAGAACUCCAUGUUGUGAAUCAUCUCGAUUUCCGUAUAAGAAAGAUGUAUUUGAUGUAUGUAUUAUAAAAGCAAUGGAAUCAUUGUACCAGACACCUCAUGAAAUUUUCAUGCCAGGAGUUGCAGGACCUAAAUUUCUUAGAUCUGCUUCUCCUACUGUCGCAGCAAUUGUAAUAGAAUUUGAAAGUGUUGUGCCGUAUUCCAUGUCUUAUAUGGCCAUGAAUGAUUUCUUUCUUCAAGUAGAAAAUUGGACACAGCAUGAAUUGAAAUCUGCUCCACCAGGCAUGACUUGCGGUUGGUUUCUCUCUGACCUCCAAUUUUACGAUCUGCAAAUGACAUUAGCUAGUGGAACUGUAAUGGCUCUAAUAUUGUCUGCUAGUUUAGGAUUUGUGGUUCUCAUACCAGCUACUUUAAAUUUCAUUGUUAGUGUUUGUGCACUGUCUGCCAUGAUAUUUUCAUCUACUGUUACAAUAGCUAUUCUAGUUUUAAAUGAUUGGAAAUUAAAUAUUUUAGAAAGUAUAACUAUUUCUACUUCGGCCGGAUUAGCUGUGGAUUUUAGUCUUCAUUAUGCUUUAAGUUAUACUAAUGCUAUUGGUACAAAGUCAGCUAGAGUAAAGUAUGCGCUUACGGCAUCAGCUGGCCCCACGGCAGCAGCUGCAUUGACUACAGGUUUUGCAGGAAUAUUUCUUCUACGCUCGAAUCUUCUACCAUACUCUCAAAUAGGUAUAUUCCUAGCAUUGAUAAUGUCCGUUAGCUGGGUAUAUGCGACCUUCUAUCUUUGUUCAUUACUAUAUAUUUUCGGACGCAAUUCUCCAAAAGAAACUCCUGUCGAAGACAGAAAAUCGGUCUCGCGGGUUAGUUCCAUAUGUUCGGGUGUACCUAAUCUAGAAAGUCACGAACUAGAGCAUUUGGCUGAUAGUAAUCGCACAAAUCUUACUCAUUCCCGGAGCCAUUCCAGUAUCAGUGGUACAACAGUUGUUUUACAUGACGAUUAUGACAACUCGCAUACUAAAAUUGAUAAAAAGAGUAGUGAUAGCAGUAAUAUAACUUGUAACACGGACUGAAUGUUUAGAUCUAGGUAGUCUUAAGUAGUGAAUGAAUCACGUUUCGAAACAUUUUAAAGUAUAUUUUUGCAGUAUUAUUAAUUAGGCAAGUUUUAUAAAUCGAUCUCAUGGCAUUUAUUUACUUAAUUGAGCACUUUAUUUUUUACAUAAUUUGUUAACAAUAACACUGUUGUGAUCUGUACUUAAUAUUGUUUUCUUUAUUU